AUGGAAUAUUACACCAGGAAUAGUCUUAUCCUUAAUGCUAAAAAUAACACCAACACGAUCACUUCUAAACCUUCCAUAAAGAAAACUAAAAAAAUAACCAAAAUUCAAAAACCCUCCUCUUCCAGUAACAAUAUUAAGCCUAAAAAAUCAAAUAUCAAGAUCAACAACAAUGAUCAUAUUAUCAUUAGUAUUAAUAAUAAUGAAGAUACUGAUUUUAAAAAUGUCAAUGGCAGCAAUUAUAAUGUGAUUAAUAGUGAUGAUGAUAUUAACGACUUUUUUAAUGAAUCAUCAAAUUCAUCAAUACGUGUACCAAAAAGAAAUAUUGCAAGAAUUGCGUCCAUAAAGAAAAAUUUAAAACGUGGGAAUAAAACCAAAAUCACUCGGGGAUGUUCUGAAGAGGAAGAAGUUGAAAACAAUAUUGAUAACGGUGGAAUAAAUUUUCGUUGUGUAUGUGAGAAACCACUUUUUAAUACUGCAAUGAUUCAAUGCUGGGGAUGUAAUUGUUGGCAACAUUGUGUUUGCGUUGGAAUUUACGGUUCAUACCCUGGAGAAUAUUAUUGCUCGGAAUGUCGAGUCGAAGGAUUUUGA